GCCGUCCUUCUAGCAGCGCGGGCCGGUCGGACCGCCAAGGCAAUCGGCGCCCGGCGAUGGGAAGCGGCGCGGCCGCGGACCAAGGCUGUGGCAAAGUUUCCCAGACGUGCGUAUCAGGGCGCGCGGCUGCAGACCACCCGUGACUGCUCCGAGAAGGGCUCGGAGAUUUUUAAUUUGGAAGAAAAAAUCCACCUCAUUUCCUUUGUCAAGGUCUCUCUCCGGACGACCAGCGGCGGGAGCUCCAAACUUGGGCACCGCGGCUCCACCGCCCGCGGUCCGGGCUUUGGAGAACGUCGGGACUCAGGUGCUUGGGCGCCCGGCGGCCGGAGGCGUGCUAGGGGGUGUGAGCACAGCACAGGGGAGUCCGGGGUGCGCAAAAAGGAGGGGCCCCUGGGAGCUCUAUAUGGAGGAGGGAGCCCAGAAUGGUGUGCACCAGGAAGACCAAAACUUUGGUGUCCACUUGCGUGAUCCUGAGCGGCAUGACCAACAUCAUUUGUCUGCUCUACGUGGGCUGGGUCACCAACUACAUCGCCAGCGUGUAUGUGCGGGGACAGGAGCCGGCACCCGACAAGAAGCUGGAGGAAGAUAAAGGGGACACCUUGAAGAUUAUUGAACGGCUGGACCACCUGGAGAAUGUCAUCAAGCAGCAUAUCCAAGAGGCCCCCGCCAAACCUGAGGAGGCAGAGGCUGAACCCUUCACAGACUCUUCUCUGUUUGCACACUGGGGCCAGGAGCUCAGCCCCGAAGGCCGGCGUGUGGCCCUGAAGCAGUUCCAGUACUACGGCUACAAUGCCUACCUCAGUGACCGCCUACCCCUCGACCGGCCCCUGCCUGACCUCAGACCCAGUGGGUGCCGCAACCUCUCAUUCCCCAGUAGCCUCCCAGAGGUGAGCAUCGUAUUCAUCUUCGUCAACGAAGCACUCUCCGUGCUGCUGCGCUCCAUCCACUCAGCCAUCAAGCGCACACCUCCGCACCUACUCAAGGAGAUCAUCCUGGUGGAUGACAAUAGCAGUAAUGAGGAGCUGAAGGAGAAGCUGUCAGAGUAUGUGGACAAGGUGAACGGCCAGAAGCCAGGCUUCAUCAAGGUCGUGCGGCACAGCAAGCAGGAAGGCCUUAUCCGCUCCAGGGUCAGUGGUUGGAGGGCCGCCACUGCCCCCGUAGUGGCGCUUUUUGAUGCCCACGUGGAGUUCAACGUGGGCUGGGCUGAACCUGUGCUCACCCGCAUUAAGGAGAACCGGAAACGGAUCAUCUCGCCAUCCUUUGACAACAUCAAAUACGACAACUUUGAGAUAGAAGAGUACCCGCUGGCCGCUCAGGGCUUUGACUGGGAGCUGUGGUGCCGCUACCUAAACCCCCCUAAGGCCUGGUGGAAACUGGAGAACUCCACGGCCCCAAUCAGGAGCCCUGCCCUCAUUGGCUGCUUCAUUGUGGACCGGCAAUACUUCCAGGAGAUCGGCUUACUGGAUGAAGGCAUGGAGGUCUACGGAGGCGAGAACGUCGAGCUCGGGAUCAGGGUGUGGCAGUGUGGCGGGAGCGUGGAGGUGCUGCCCUGCUCGCGGAUUGCCCACAUCGAGCGAGCCCACAAGCCCUACACCGAGGACCUCACCGCCCAUGUCCGCAGGAACGCCCUCAGGGUGGCUGAAGUCUGGAUGGAUGAAUUUAAAAGCCAUGUGUACAUGGCAUGGAACAUACCCCAAGAGGACUCAGGAAUCGACAUUGGGGACAUCACUGCAAGGAAGGCUCUGAGAAAACAGCUGCAGUGCAAGACCUUCCGGUGGUACCUGGUCAGCGUUUACCCAGAGAUGAGGAUGUACUCAGACAUCAUUGCCUAUGGGGUGCUGCAGAACUCUCUGAAGACUGAUUUGUGUCUUGAUCAGGGUCCAGACACAGAGAAUAUUCCUAUCGUGUACAUCUGCCACGGGAUGACGCCCCAGGACUUUCUCCUCUCCCAGUGCACACCCGCUCCUCCAGGAAGCCCAGCCUUCAGGCCACAGAACGUGUACUACACGAGCAGUCAGCAGAUCCAAGUGGGCGUCCUGAGCCCCACGGUAGACGACGACGACAACCGGUGCCUGGUGGACGUCAACAGCCGGCCGCGGCUCAUCGAAUGCAGCUAUGCCAAAGCCAAGAGGAUGAAGCUCCACUGGCAGUUCUCUCAGGGAGGCCCCAUCCAGAACCGCAAGUCCAAGCGCUGCCUGGAGCUGCAGGAGAACAGCGGCGCAGAGUUUGGCUUCCAGCUGGUGCUGCAGAGGUGCUCGGGCCAGCACUGGAGUAUCACCAAUGUGCUGAGGAGCCUGGCGUCCUGACCCCGCCGGGAGUCGUCUCACACCCCGCCCCUUUGCUACUGUGUAGCACCUGCUGCCACGUUGCCUGCUGUCCGUGUGGGGUUGUUUGGAGUCUGGGGAACCAGGUUGGUGGGCCCCCAAAAGAGCUUUUUAUUUCCUAUUCAAUUUUCAUGGAGUUUAUAGAAAGAGGCCGAACGGUGGGUGAGGGUAUAAUAUCAUAAACUAUUUUGCAACUGUAAAUAGGGGACACAUGGAAAAUAUUUAUAACUGACAAUAAAAUACUAUUGGUUAA